AACGAUAACGGCGACAAACAAGAACGUGUACGACGACGAAAACGGUGGUGGCAACGACAACGACGACAACGACGACGACGACGAAGACGGUGAAGACAACUACGACGACGAAGACGAGGACUACGAGGGCAUCCUUAAUGUCAGACGCGAGUGUGCUCUCGGGCUCAGUUUUGUUUAACGUGUCCUCCCGUAAACAGCAGAGAGCCGAAGCGAGAGAGGUCUCGAGAAGUGAUGAAGUCCUCUUUCCUAUCGGCCACCGUCGCCACCCUGUUCCUGAUCCUGAUCGAGGCACCCGAUCCUGGUGACGGUAUUUCUCACAACACAGUGAAAACAUGGGCGGAAAAGCUGGGCUUCGAGUUAUCGCAAUUGGGAAAAUACGUAACGAAUGUGGAAAAGUUUCAUGAGAGUUACAAACACGCGGAUGUUAAACCUCGCGACGGAGGCGCUUUGGUACAUGAAAUUGCCAAGGAUAUCAAAGCGAUGAUGGAAUCUAAAAUUUCAGCAAUAAGGAGAAUUAUGGACGUUGCCGAAACGUCAGCUUUAUCAGCACCAGAUGCCGAUCCUCCAGAGUCCUUCGAUUUUAUUAACGCGAAAAAUAAUACAAUCGAACUCGAGUAUAGUGACCAUUUCGGUGGACAAGUUAAUUUGAAUAUGUCCGCGGUUCACGUGCCAACAAAUGUAUACGAACGUGCGUCGGAAGUACUCAGGGCGAUUAAGUGGUCCGAGGAAUUGGACAAGACAUUUAUUAAUAAUUACGAACAAGAUCCAUCCUUAUCCUGGCAAUAUUUCGGCAGUGCUACGGGUUUUAUGAGACAGUAUCCUGCAAUGAAUUGGUAUAUGGAACCGGUCGAUCUCUUCGAUUGCAGAACACGAAGUUGGUAUAUCGAAGCAGCUACCAGUCCCAAGGACAUUCUUAUACUUAUGGAUAUAUCCGGUAGCAUGACCGGAAUGCGUCGAGAAAUUGCUCGACAUGUCGUUAAUAAUAUUUUAGACACGCUUGGAAAUAAUGAUUUUGUCAAUAUCAUUACAUUUUCGAAUAUUACGAAAGAGGUGGUUCCUUGUUUCAAUGAUACCUUGGUUCAAGCGAAUUUAGCAAACGUAAGGGAACUGAAGAGGGCUAUUUCAAAUCUCGAAACAGUGAAUAUUGCAAAUUUUUCUUUAGCUUUGACUACGGCUUUUGAACUACUUGCAACUUAUCGUUUGGAAAAGGAAGGGGCAAGAUGUAAUCAGGCAAUUAUGCUAAUAACUGACGGAGUACCUUUUAAUUAUAAGGAGAUCUUCGAAGAAUAUAAUUGGAAAGAUAAUCCUGAUGAACCUUUAAAAGCUGAUAUGCCGGUUAGAAUGUUCACUUACCUGAUUGGUAGAGAAGUAGCGGAUGUUCGUGAGGUACAAUGGAUGGCUUGCGCGAAUAGAGGAUAUUACGUACAUCUUUGUACUUUAGCUGAAGUACGAGAAGAGGUCUUGAAAUAUAUUCCUGUGAUGGCCAGGCCAUUAGUUUUGGGCCGUGCAGAUCAUCCAACUAUAUGGACACCGGUUUAUGCUGACAUUACGGAUCCAAAAAUGACGGACUGGCUGUGGGAACAACGUGAAAGCGAAGAACAAAAGGAACGAUUUUUACAAUACCAUAGAAAUCGAAAACUCUUCAAUACGGAGGAACAGGACCGUAGAUUCGUGAAGAAGCAAAAGAAAUCGCACGAACAAAGUGAUGAUUUACAGGAAUACAGAUUGAUGACUUCGGUUAGCAUGCCCGUCUUCGACAGACGUGAAAACGCGAACAUCACAAGGCAGGUGCUGGUGAACGAAGCUUACUGGGUGACAGAGACAAGAGAGACACGAAUCGCCAAUCUUCUCGGUGUUGCCGGCACGGACGUACCCAUCGAGGAAAUACAAAAGUUUAUGAUGCCACAUAUGCUGGGUGUUAAUGGAUACGCGUUCAUCGUUACUAAUAACGGCUACAUCCUAAUUCAUCCUGAUCUUCGACCUGUGUUUCAAGGCAUAUUAAAACCAGCAUACAACAGUGUCGAUAUGACUGAGGUCGAAUUAAUGGAUCAAGACAAAGGACCGAGAGAAUUCGAUGAAGGAAUAAUUAUGCUCCGUAACGAUGUGGUCAAUCAAGCUAACGGUAGCGUGACGUUACAUACGAAAUAUCAUUACGAUGACAUGAAACGUGUUGGUCGUGUGAAAAGAAAAUACGAUUAUACCGGAAUAUCGAAAACCCCAUUCACGGUGGUUGUGAGCCUUCCGCAGCACGAUUAUGCCGGAAGCUAUCGUAUAUACGCCACCGAGGAGAUACACAGAUCUCAUGUGAGGGGAAAAAACGUGACAGAUUACUUCCCGGGUAACAACUGGCGGGUGCAUCCUGAUUGGAUGUAUUGCAAAUAUCAUUAUGAGGGUGAACACAAGUUCAAUAACUCGGAAUUGGAACUCUUACAUUUUCUGAAACGUACCCGUUUGCCAGGUUGGAAGUGGAUCGAUAUGAAACAAAGAUCCCAACCGCCAGAGUUUUCUGCCGCGAGUUCCGGUCAUGGCUCGCAUCGCAAAUCUUACAAUAAUCCUUACAAGGCCGACAAAAAUUCCUAUUACUGUGAUAGAUACCUUCUUUCGAGUCUGGUAUUCGAUGCUAAGGUAACCGAGUGGUUUGCGAAUCCCAGUACCACCCGCGAAGAAAAAGGACCUUUAGCUAGGCUGAUGAAUCUGCUAACCAGGAAGGAAUUUCAACAACGUUUUGGAGUGACGCUUGCUUUCAUGGCUACGCACAGUGGUUUAACAAGAUGGCAAGAUUUUUUAUUGGAUGAAGAAGAUCCUAUACCUGAUGACCACUUUAGCAACAUGUAUCCUAAAGCAAUAGAUGAGGUCUGGUACAAACGUGCAGUAGAACAACAUUAUGUUCAACCAGAAAGCUUUGUCUUCUCGGUCCCAAUCGAUGAUGAAGGAGCAGAUAAUACUACUUUAGUCACUGCCAGUCGUGCCAUAUUUAUCGGUAAUGGAAAAACUAAAGCACCAGCAGCCGUCGUAGGAUUUCAAUUUCAACAUACUGCUCUACAAGGACUAUUUCAAAAUAUAACGUUUAAUUGCGAAGGACUUGGUAAUUGUUAUAAACAUUGCGGUAACGAUUCAUGGGCAUGUUAUUUGAUCGAUAACAAUGGAUACAUAAUCGCGGCGAAAGAUGAGAUCGACGCUGGAAGAUUCUUUGGUGAAGUCAGAGGUCCUGUAAUGGCUGGUCUGGUAAAGGAAGGCAUUUUCGAGAAAAUCAGGAUGUACGAUUAUCAAGCAGUUUGUUUCAAAAGUAAACAAACGAAAAACGAUGCUAGUAUAUUACUGACGCCCUGGACAAGCUUCAAAAAAGUCAUUACCUGGAUUAUUGGCCAAAUGGCUUGGGCCUGGGUAAAAGCUGGUAUUUGGAAUUCGGACUAUGCACACGCUUAUGCUUAUCCAAACGAAAAUGAUGGUAUGCACGAUGAUUAUCAUGAAAAUGAUGAUAAAGCUCCAGUCGAUGCCAAAGAUGAAAAAUUGUUUGAUAUGAAAGUUUUAAUUAAUAGAACACGGCCAGAGGCAUGCGAUAAAGAGGUAUACUUAUAUUUGCGCAAUUCAUCUGUAACAAAUUACAACAUCGAGGUUGAUACAGACGACGAAUGCGCAAGACCCUACGUUGUGCAACCGGUCAAUUUCAGCAACAUGUUAUUAAUUGUAGUUAACAUAGGCACUUGCUACGACACCACGCUUCCAUCUUUAACCGUGGUACCUGAAGAAGUGAUAUAUGAAAAUAAUUCUCUGGUUUGUCAAAAGGCUUGGACAUUUUUAAAGAGGAAAAGGCCAGAAUCCUGUAUAAGAACUCAUCCAAGAGAAAGUGAAAUUAAGGAUCUCUGUGGAUUAGCUAGUGAACAAGGGCCAAACAAUUUCCUUAUCUUUUUGUUGCUAACGUGUAUUUUGAUCAAACAGAUUGUCUUUCGGUACAAUUAAUUCUUGCUUUUUUUAUAACCAACAAUAUAUUUCUUUGCAAGAUGAUAUCUAUCAUGAUAUCGAUAUACCCUUAAUGAGCAAAGAAAUGUGAAGCGUGAUUAAUCUAAUGUCAAAAUUUUAGGAUCUAGUCAAAAUGCAUCGGCGUAUAUCUCGAUGGAACGCUUAUGCUAGAGGCGACCCUCAGUUUCUACCUCUUUUCACCCUGCUGAUUUGCAGCACGGCUUGAAAUACUGGCUGAUACAUGUAUACCAGAUAGUUAUGUCGCGAAUAUUAAUCGUUCAAUCGUUCUCUCGUACGAAAUCAUAGAUUAAAAGCUGAGAAAGUCCAAAAAGCAAAAUCUUACUGCCCGAAACGCAAAGCGAUCUGUGCUCUGUGCGCUGCUGCUCUUCACUUUUUCUCUUUAUUCGUCUCUUUAUCUUUCUAAAUCUACAUAAUUCCUUUAAUAUUGUUAAUACUAUUUCGAAAGUUAGUAUCGUCAUAUAUUUAAAUAAAAUGUCAAACAUUGUUUUCUUUUUUAUGUUUGACAAAUUUUCCAUAAAAAAUCGAUGUUUGUAAGUUAGAAUAGAUAGACAAUUUUUAGGUGAAAUUUAUGUACAAAGAUCAAAUAUUUACAUGGGACAUGGAUUAAUGUGCAUUACUGAAUGAUUGAUUGAUCAUUGUUAAAACAAAUAAGGUUUCAGUACGUUGUAUAUUGAUACUGUGUGCAGCUAUUUUGUAAAUAAAUAUUAAAUCAAUAUCACCAUAAAAAA